AUGUUUGAAGGGCUUCCGCAGUGGGUCUGGUGGCUUCUCACCGUAUAUGCAUCGUUACCUUUAGUAUGCUAUUUGACAGUUCCGUUCCUGUUCUACGGGAACAGAUCAACAAAGAAACGCAUUAUCAUUUGCGUUUUGGGCGACCUAGGUCAUUCCCCGCGUAUGUGCUACCAUGCCCGCAGCUUUAGCCAACAGGGCUGGCAGGUUGAGCUCUGCGGCUACUUAGAGGAACAGCCUCCUUCGGACAUCUUAGAGGACACUAAUAUAACGAUUCACCAGCUUCCAGCCUUUCAAGGCCGCAAAGGUGGCUCUUUCUUGAUAAAGGCCGUCAGGAAAGUUUCUCUCCAGAUAUACGCAAUUCUGCGAUUGUUAUGGCGCCUGAGAGGAAGUGACUAUUUCCUCCUACAGAAUCCUCCCAGCAUUCCGAUUCUGCCAAUGGCUGCCGUGUAUUGCACAUUUUCACGCUGCAAACUCAUCAUAGACUGGCACAAUUUCGGCUAUUCGAUCCUCAAGCUCAAGCUAGGCUCAUUUUGGCAUCCUUUAGUGCUCAUUUCGUUCGCUGUGGAGUACAUCUUUGCAAAGUUCGCCGCGUACAAUCUUACUGUCACAAGAGCCAUGAAGGACUACUUAAUUCAUACAUUUGGUCUUUCAAAAAAAAGAGUUGCGGUGCUAUAUGACAGACCUGCAUUCCAAUUCAGGCCGCUCAAGGCAGAUCGCCAAGCCGCUCUCCAACAAGACUUCAUCAAGCCCUUCAUACCUGGUGAUUUCAACAUCUCAAAGGGAGACCGUAUCAUUGUGACUUCAACCUCGUUCACACCUGAUGAGGACUUGUCAAUUCUCAUCGGAGCAUUGAAAAUCUAUGAGAAUUCCUGCGAAAAGUUUGAUGACAAACUGCCGAAGAUACUUUGCUUUGUGACGGGGAAAGGCCCGCUCAAGCAGCAUUUUAUUGACAAGGUUGCGGAAACAAAGUGGGAUCGCGUGCACAUCGAGUUCUUGUGGCUCUCUAAUGAGGACUACCCUAAGCUCUUGCAGCUGUGUGAUUACGGAGUUUCCCUUCACACUUCGAGUUCUGGACUAGAUCUUCCAAUGAAAAUCCUUGAUAUGUUUGGCUCAGGCAUUCCUGUGGUCUCAUACAACUACCCAGUGCUAAAUGAGUUGGUGCAGCAUAAUGUUAACGGAUUGAAGUUCCUGGAUCGGAGGGAACUUCAUGAGGCCUUGAUUUUCAUCAUGAAAGACAGCCACGUAAGCGAGGUGCUAAAGGCUGGGGCACUUAAAGAGUCAAACAACAGGUGGCAGGAUUCAUGGGAGAAGGCUAUGGAAGAGAUAUCAGUUAUACGGCGCUAA